AUGUUAGGUGCUAUUUUCCCAAGAAAUUCUUUUUUUGUUGCUACUAUCUUUGCAGGUGCUUUUGCUUUUGAAAGUUUCUUUGAUACUGCUGUCACUGCUUGGUACAAAAACCAUAACAAAGGUAAAUUAUGGCAUGAUGUUAGACCAAGAUUUCUUGAAGGUGGUGAUGAAGAUGAAGACGAAGAUGAUGAAUAA